CAGACCUUCGGGCUGGGGCCCCGGAUGCUCAAAGACGGCAGUCACGACUUCUGGGGGCCCUCUUUCCUCUCUCUGUCUCUCACGUCACUUGAUAUUGACGAGCCUCGUCAAGACCACCAGUACACUCCGCACUAUCCCCAUCACACAUCACGAAUAGCCAUCAAGCAGUGACCAUCGCCAACAACCUCACCAUGGGUCGACAGACGCCCACGGGCACGACAACGGUGCAAAUCGGGCCCCUCGGCACAGCGACAUGUCUCUCCUACGACGACGGCGUGCGCAACAUCCUGGGUGUACCUUACGGCCGGCUGGCGAAGCGCUGGACGCGGGCAACCCUCGCCGACAGCUGGCCAGACAACAAGCACGACGGCACAAAGCUAGGGCCCCGAUCUCACGGCAUCGCCUCACAUGAAGCCUCCAUCGACAAUGACCUCGCCGUUCCCGUGCCCGACCACCCACUCAUCCCCCGCCCUGCGCCUUCAGAGCUCGGCUGCCUCAACCUCAACAUCGCACUGCCGCCUCUCCCAGCAGGCCAUGACCCAAAUACCCUCCUCCCGGUAAUCAUCUACAUCCACGGCGGCGCCUUCUGCUUCGGCUCCGGCGGCACGGCCAACAACGACGGCGCCCACUUUGCAGGCUACUCGUCAACACAGGGCAAGCCGUGCAUCUACGUGACGAUAAACUACCGCCUCGGGCUGGGCGGGUUCCUCGCCUCGCAGGUCAUCAAGGACGAGCUGGCGCGCGACGGCUUCGCCGGCGUCGGCAACUUUGCGCUGACGGACCAGCAGCUCGCGGUGCAGUGGGUGACCAGGUACAUCAGCCACGUCGGCGGCGACCCGGGCAAUGUCACGCUCAUGGGCCAGUCCGCGGGCGCUGCGUCGGUCGGGCACCUGAUGCUGGCCCGCGGGGCCGAGGGCGACGAGGCGCCCGGGUUCCAGAGAGCGGUGCUGUUAUCUGGCGCGGUGGACACCAUCGAGAACUGGCCGCUCGAGAUGUGGGAGAAGAAGUACCAGGCCGUGCUGCGGUAUUUCGGCAUCGAGAACGGGCCCGACGAGCUGGAGCAGCUGAGAAGAGUGCCCGAGGUGGAUGUCGCAAACGCCACCGAGGACAUUGACGGCGGGCAGCGGGGCGUGGUCAUGAAUCUGUGCGCCGACGGCUGGUUCCACUCCCCGGCGAUCUUCAGCAAGGAACAGCUGCUCAAUAACCCAGUGUUGACGAAGUGGACGCCGCCCAAAUGGCUCAAGAGCCUGAUGGUUGGCGACGUGCGACAAGAGGGCCUCAUAUGGCGCGGCAAGCUGAUGAACCGGGACAGGGGCUAUGACUGGUAUCACAAUGUCCUCAGCCAGCACGUCGGCUCCGACGACCUGGCCACGACGAUACUCGCGGAAAAGUACGGGGCCAAGAAGGAGUCACCCGCCGGCAGCGAGGAGUUGUCAGUGCCCCUCGAGAACCUGUGCGCCGAUGUGUUGUUCAAGAUACCCGUAAUCAACAUGGCGGACAAGGCCUCGCAGGCCGCACACAGCCCGGCAGUGUAUGGUUACCACUUUGACCGGCCCUCCACGGCGGACAACGUCCUCAAGGGCCUCGCACACCAUUCGGUCGACAACAUCUACGGCCAUCUCAACGCGCUCGACAUCAUGACUCCCGAGCAGGCGGCGCUCGCGCACCGGAUAGCGGACGACUGGCUCGACUUUGCAUAUGGCGAGAAAGACCCGUGGGACAAGUACUCCCAGGGAGGCGAGAGAAAAUGGAUGAUUUACGAGCCAGAUGACUCGUGGCGGGUUAAGAGCGAGCAGGAGGACGAGGCGGUACGCGGGUAUGAGAGGAUGAGGUGGAUGCUGGACGAGUCCCUGUAUGAGAAGGUGUACAAAGCCGCGUGUUUUUGGCUGGCGCCAAAUCUACCAUAUGCAUAGACGAGGAGGAGACCGGGGAGCCUCGACAGGGGGAAUGCAUCCACUGACCAGUGUUCACAGCGGGCUCGGUCUGUCAUCCUUGCCGAAAGCUUUGGCAGCUCGCGUACAUAGCUAAGCCCGACCGAAUAUAUAUCUGAAUAGCAGCGUACAAGAUUAAGGUACAGAAGGUUGUUAUAAGCUAAGGCGGGAAGAAGAGGAAGAAAAAGGGAGUUUUGUUAUGACAUGAAAUCAUUGUAGGCUUUCUAUGAGCACCGAAAUUGCAGCAAUUCGCCA